UGCAAGUCCUUUGCUCAUCUGCUCCCUGACCCCCAACAAGGUGCAUGAAUAGUCAGUGCUGAAGGUUUUUCCAGAGGCACACAAACUGUGGUGUCCCUCACCCUCACCCUCAGCCCGGGCUUUCCCAGAGCUUCUGCCUCUUGGACUCAGCUUGCUGGGUUUGGCUCAGAUACUGGAACACAGGGGUCACGUCAGUCUGCCAGAAGGCAGGAUGGGACAAGGAAGAGGCUGACUGGCCACAGGUGUGAUCAUUAGGGCAACAAAGGUGGAGGAGGCCAGGGAAAGGCUGUGAAGCGAGAGUCUGGGGGUGUUUACACAGGACAGUCAGUUUGGUCCCAGAUACUCUGCAUCCUCCAAAGCGUUGCCUCAUUCCCAGGAAAGGCUUUGGACUGAGAACUUCUCUGUGUGUGGGAUUCUCAGCAGCUCUGUAGCACUACAGUAGAAGGGGAGCCGGGCCCACCCGGAAAGCCCCCAAACUGAUGGAGAGAAAAGUCCCACCAAGUCAGGGACCCCCCUUCUGGGAACUCAUAUCUACUGGGAACCUCAGGAUGAGGAGGAGGUAGGGCUCCACACUAGGACCCCUCAAUCUGAUGGGGAGGAUGAAGCCCCACCCUGGAGCAACGAUUAGGGAGAUCCUCUUUGGUCAGUUGAGCACAAAAGAGCUCUGACUGCACACAGAAAGCCCGUGGACUGGGCAGCCAGGAAAGAAGCUUGGAGCAAAUCAGGGUAGUUGAUGAGGGUGGGCAUUCGGAGCCCAGCACUGUCAAGGUGGGUCUGGGAUGCAUGAAGGAGGAGCACAGGCAAGACACAGGGACAGGCCUGAGUAUUGGUUCUGUGACACCCCCCAGCCCUGAACCCCAUGCUCUGGACCUCAGGUUCCCCUCCCCUGCCCCUCUGGCUGGGGCUCAGGGAUGCCGUCUGCUUCACUGAACCCAUCUGUCUGAGACUGGGUCACAUCUUCCUCUUUUGUGACUGGAAGUCACAGGGCAAAGCACUAAGCUGUGCAGUCACGCAGGGAACACAGAGCCUAAGAGUGUGAAGGGACAGAGGGGAGAGUGGCAAGAAAGCCUGGAGCCAGUGGAAGAGGAGGGAGGCGAGUGGGAGCAGAGGUGCUCAGGACCAUGGCUGAGGCCAUCACCUAUGCAGACCUGCGAUUUGUGAAGGCUCCCCUGAAGAAGAGCAUCUCCAGCCGCCUAGGACAAGACCCAGAGGCUGAUGAAGACGGAGAACUCACCUAUGAGAAUGUUCAAGUGCCCCCAGGCCCAGGAGGACCCUCAAACUUGGCUUCCGCUGGAUUAGGGGACAAAGCAGGGGUCCAGUCGGAGCAGCCAACUGCCGCCUGGAGCCCCGUGACGUCACCAGCUGCCGGGCGGAUUCUUCCCUGCCAAGCAUCCUACGUGCAGUACCUCUUCCUGGGCCUGCUCCUCACCUGCCUGCUGUUAGGGGUGGCUGCCAUCUGCCUGGGAGUGCACUAUUUCCAGGUGUCUCAGCAGCUCCAGCAGAUGAACAGGGUUCUGGAAGCCACUAACAGCACCCUGAGGCAGCAGCUGCGCCAAAAGAUAACCCAGCUGGGGCAGAGGGAAGAGGAUUUGCAGGGGUCCAGGACGGAGCUGGCCCAGAGUCAGGAAAGACUACAGGUGGAACAGAAGGUUGGCCAGGCUACCAAAGAGCAGUUGCAGGCCUGCCAGUCAGAUGGGGAGAAGACAAAAGAGGCCUUGAGAAAUAAGGAGAUACAAAGGAUGAACUUGGAGCAGAGGCUGAGCAGCGUGCAGGACACACUGAAGCCCUUCUUCACAUGCCCCUCACCAGAUUCCUGCUGUCCCUUGGGAUGGAUACCGAAUGAGAGGAGGUGCUUUUACAUCUCAAUUACUAAGAGAAAUUGGGAGGACAGCCAAAGGCAUUGUAAAUCUCUGUCCUCUGAACUGGCCAAAAUCAGCGACCCGUCUUAUUCAUAUGGAUCUUAUUAUGCCAGAAGCUUACGUAAGGUGUUGGCACAAGGUGGUUCAGCUGAAUCAUACUGGAUUGACUUCAGAAAUCAGUUCUGGCAGUGGAGUGAUGGUACAAGAUACAAUGGGUAUUAUAGUCAAAGCCAAAGAUGUACCAAGGUAGAUGGCGAUUGGCGGGCAAGUCUGAAGGUAGAGGACUGUUAUUCUUCUCUUCCCUCCAUCUGUGAGCUGGAAGCUUUCAGGUAUCCAGAUGCGGACCGCUCUUUGCACUGAGCUGGAUACUCACGCCAACAAGAGCCUAAGCUGUAGCCUGCAGGUCCUAAGAUCCACCACCCUCCAGCGUGUCCUCACUCUGCCUGGACAGUGCCUGGCCAAGGGCUGAUCCAUGCCCAACAUUUCUAGGCAAGCCUGCUGCCAAUAGAGAUCCUGUCCCAGAAACUGGACUGUUGCCAGGGAAAGUGUGAAGCAGCU